CCCAAACCAAACAACCAUGAUCAGCUGAACUUGCGUAUUAUACUAUCGUCAGCUCUUUAAAAGUGAGACUGCCAAACAAGACCAUUGAUAGCAUUGGGGUGAGACCAGCGAGUAACAAAAGACCUGCUAGCAUGAAAGUUAAAACUGCAUUCGUUUGCGCUUUUAUCGUCAUGAUGGUCUUUUUGAUAGUUCAAUCAUCACGUGUUCCAAAGAGUAAACUCAUACCAAGAAACUGGGGUCCACAAUCAAUGUUAUACCUCAAGGGACGAUAUGGUAGAAGAUAUGCCUCUUCUGAUAAUGAAGAACAGUGUUGCAAGCUUGAUUUGGAUGAUUUGAAUGCAAUUCUGAGAAGUAUUUAUUUGCUACAAAGGUUCAGCACCCCUCAAUUCUUGAACAUCAGAAGAAGAUCUACAGCUCAAAAUAUGGACAUUAACUACUUGAAAUAAUGUUUUAUUUUACUUUCAUUUCAAAUUUUCCAAAUUGAUUUAACAUAUUUUUAUUUAACUUAUUUGUAUCCCACCCAAAAUGCAAAUCUCUGGGCAGUUUACAAUAUAGUAAAUUAUUCAAAAAAUGUUCCACUAAUAUUAAUUAUUCUGUGUGCUCCAGUGAAAAAUUAAAUGUUAUUUCAUCCUAUUAAAAUUAUAUUUGAAACCUUACGUAUUUGUGAAACUCUUGAAGGCAACAGACUAUACAAAAUUUAUGGGAAAGGCAAGUGUUGACAUUAUUUAUUUAUUUAUUUGACAUAUUUGUAUACUGCCCAAAAUGCAAGUCUCUGGGCAGUUUGCAGCAAAACAAUAUAAAUAAUAAAAAGGUUAAAACAUUACAAUAAUUAAAAAUUUAAAACAAUGUUAAAACUAUUAAAAAUGAACAACCAACUAUUAAAUAGUAUCUAAUU